CUUUACAGGAAGAAAUGUUUUCGCGCAAUUUUUUAACCAGUUAAAAAAGUACAUCGAAUUGGGGUCAGUUUUCUUUUGUAGCUUUAGUUUUUGUCUUUAUUUAAUAUAAAGUGAUUCGUUGAAUACGUGUAGUGAAUUCACUAUGGAUGAGAAAGAGGCGCACACGCAGAGGCUGAAAGCAGCGGUCCACUACACGGUCAGUAAAAUUUGCCAGAGCACAGUGGCGGAGUGUGAGAAGCAGAUAAGCAAGCAAGCGGUGGCUGCAAUAGCUGAAACCACUUUCAGACAGUGUGAGAUAUUUGCAAAAGAUCUGGAGGCCUUUGCGAGACAUGCCAAAAGACAAACAAUCACUGUGGAUGAUGUGAAACUUCUAGCAAGGAGGAGCACAGCACUGUCCAGCCACAUGCAGCAAAAGAGUGAAGAACUAGCAAUGAACAACCAGGAGCUGAAGGAGAAGAGAAAGAAGAAUGCUGCCAAGAGAAAGAGUAAAGAGAUGGAGGGAAAUGAGGCAGAAGAAACCGAGAGCUGAUUUAAGUAAGCACAACCUCAUUAACCGUCACUGUGGAUAAGUGCAUCAACAUUAUUAAGGGGGGAAACCCCACAAAGACAAAUGUACUCUGAAUCUUUAUAAGUGUAUCAAUUAAAUACACAAAGCCAUGCAUCAAGAAUGUGUAUUUUAUUGUAAUAUAGAAGAUGCAAAACAUUUUCGCUGCCUGUGAAUGUAGGAAAUUGUGACUGUAUAAACAGUGUUGGAUUCAGAGGGCGAGACAUUUAGUAAAUAUAUCUGGAAUAAAGAAUUUUGUUUUGGGUUUUUUUUUUUAAAACAAAAGUCCCACAAUUAACUCCAUUUUGACAAAAAGGGGAAAAAAAUACAAAAACAAAACAAAAGGACCAAUUAUUGCAUUAUGCAGCAAACUUAAAUUUUGUACAAAACUAGUGUUUUGCCAUCAUUUCCACUUUGCACCAGAAUGCUUGGGCCAUUGUUCUGGAUCCAGAUUAAGCCUAAUUAAUCCUGCAUUAAAAGAUUUCCUAGCAUGUAGACAUACAGUAGGGUCUGAUUGGUCCUUUCCUUCCCUCCCCUCUGACAGCUGGGUCUGAGUUCAGCAUAGCUUUAAGUUGCUUCAUUCUCUUCAUUCGUAGUGAGUCAUUUUGCAUAAAAGCAACCAGCAAAUCCACUAGUGAAUGCUGCUAGAAAAAUGACAGUGAUCUGAAACACACCAGCAAGUCCACCUCUGAAUGGAUAAAAAAAAAAAAAAAAGUUCAAGUCCAGACUUAAAUCCUAUUGAGAUACUGUGGCAUCACUUUAAACAGGCCGUUCAUGCUAGAAACCCUCCAAUGUGGCUGAAUUAAAACAAUUUAAAACAAUUCUGCAAAGAAGAGUGAAGCAAAUUUCCUCCAGAGUGAUGUGAAAGACUCAUUGCCAGUUAUUGCUUAUGCUUGAUUGCAGUUGUUCCUGCCAAAGGGGCCACAAACAGGUUAUUAGGUUUUGGGGGCAAUUACUUUUUCACAUAGGGCCAGGCAGGUUUGGACAGUUUUUUACCCUUAAUAAAUGAUAUCAUAAUUAAAAACUGCAUUUUGUAUUUACUCGCAUAAUUAUCUUUGUAUAAUAAAACUGAUGAUCUGAACCAUUUAAGUGAAAAAAAA